UGGGGAAACUGAGUCACAUCCCAUUGCUGUGGGUUGCAGGUCGGGGGGGAAGGGAGGGGGGAGGGGGCAGAUCUCUCUUAUAUAACUGUGCUUCCCCCCCCCCCCUUAACAGCCCGUGCCAGGGCUCAGGAUGGCCCCGGUGCCAGUGCCCAGAUUAGCUGUUCCCUCCUGGAUGGAUCCUCCUGUCCCUGGGCCACCGCCAGGCCCUGCACCCAUCCCCUUCCAAACCCCAUCCCUCCCCACCCGCUGCCUGUGGGGCUUCACCACCUUCACCCCUUCCCUCGCCCAGCCCCACAAGCGGCACCGCCCCACGUCCCAGGCUGCUGGGCACAAUGAGUGCGCCGUGAGCUGGAGGGGUUGGUGGGGCCGGAUCCUGCCAGGGGCUGAGGUCCAGCACACUCAGUUCAGCAGUGACAGCUGCAUGAGGGAGCACCUGGACAGUCCCCAUCCCUGUCCUUACCUCACUGCCUUCCCGCUCCCUGCCUUCAUUCCCAUUCCAGCCCCCAUCUCCAUCCCCAUCUCUCCUGUGCCACACGCAGGGGUCGGAGCAGCCCCUUUGGAGUGGUCAUGCCCCCACUUUGGUGCUGGGACCCCCCCCCAGGGCUGUCACAACCCUGAGGGCUGCAGCUCCCACUUGGGGGGAGCACAGCAGGGCCGGCUCCGGCCGCGGGCGCUGACACUAACCCGGUUAUCCACGAUGGAUGGCUGCAAUCAGCGCCGAGCGGACGCUGCCAUAACUCACCAUGCCCCCCCCCUCCCACCCCCCCCUCUUCUCCUGGUUAUCGGGGCUAUAAAUGGGACGCGGCGUUGGCACAGCGCAGCCCCCGCCAUGAGCAGCCUGGAUGCCGUCCGGGAGGGCUACGCGCGCUUCGACCCCCACGCGUACCUGCAGAACAACUACGUGCCCCCCCGCGCCGACUUCUCCUCCGAGGAGUUCGUGGUGCCCUGGAAGCUGCGAUGUUUGGCCGAGACCUUCGCCAGCGGUGAGAUCCGCGGGCGCACGCUCAUCGACGUGGGUUCGGGCCCCACCAUUUACCAGCUGCUGAGCGCCUGCGACCACUUCGAGGAGAUCGUGGCCACCGAUUUCCUGGAGGCGAACCGGGAGGAGCUGCGGCGCUGGGUACGGGGAGAGCCCGGAGCCUUCGACUGGAGCCCCUUCAUCCGGCACGUCUGCAAGAUCGAGGGGCGCGGGGAACCCUGGCAGGAGAAGGAGCAGCGGUUGCGGGGCCGCCUGCGGCGCAUCCUCCCCAUCGACGUGCACCGUGCAGACCCCCUGGGUGCCCCGCUGCGCCCUGCGGCCGACGCGCUGCUCUCCGCCUUCUGCCUGGAAGCCGUCAGCCCCGACCGCGCGGCCUUCGGGCGAGCGCUGGGGAACGUGGGCUCCCUGCUGCGCCCGGGGGGGCACGCGUUGCUGCUGGGGGCUCUGGGGGAAUCCUUCUACCUGGCGGGAGCGGCGCGGCUGCCCGUGGUGCCGCUGGACGAGGACGACGUCCGCGGGGCUCUGAGCGGCGCCGGGUUCGCCCUCCGUGAUUUCCGCUCCUACUCCAUGCCGCCCGCGCUGCGCACCGGCGUGGACGACGUCGAUGGCGUGUUCUUCGUCCACGCGCAGAAACCGCUGGAAGGCUGAGCCCCCCCCACC